AAAAGUGAAUAUCAUAAUAUUCCCUUUUUGGGUCUUCUUUUUCAAAUUCUUGAAUUUCCCAGGAAAUUAAUCUUUUUCCAAGCUCAUUAAAUCGGACAGUCAUAUCCUUCUUGAAUUACAAAUCUUGUUUUUGAUCCGUUUUCUUCAUUAAAAUUUAUUUUCUUUUGUUAUUUUCCCUUCUUUUUCACUUUCUCAACAAAUAUUUUGUUCAGUCCUAAACAGAAGUUUACUGUAAUAGAAAUGACAUCGGCCAAAUGGGAUUCUGAAUUGGAAAUGGAGGAUGCAGCUGCUUUCAACUACUGUAUACACACACUUGAUUACUCCAUCGAUGAUCUUGAAUUUCAAUCCUUUUUCACAUCAAAUAUGGACCAUAUUUUUAAUCAUCAAACUGUUCAGAAUUUCAACUCUGCAAUGACCGAUCCCGGUCAAAAGCCAGCGAAACAACUAAACACCAGUAGCUGGAAAUCUUACACUAACACUCAUGAUAGAGUCACUUUUCCUUCUUCAUCUUCUCAUCUUUUAUCUUUCGAAAACUCGAGUCUGUCGCCCGCUGCUUCAUAUGGAGAUCAAUCGAGUACAUUAAAGCCUAAGAUUGAAAUGAGUUCCGAUGAGAAUUCAAGAACAAAUUUGUUCCAUCCGGGUUCGUUGGGGAAUCAAUAUGGUUCCAUCUGUAAUAAUAAUAAUAAACAAGGAACUAAUAUGAAAGGUGGUGGAGUAAUAAGUUGGAGUCCUCUACAUGUGCCAGAUCAUGUGACGGCAGAGAGGAAGCGCCGAGAAAAGCUUAACCAGCGUUUCGUUGCUCUUUCAGCUGUUAUUCCUGGUCUGAAAAAGAUGGACAAAGCUUCUGUUCUUGAAGAUACAAUUAAGUACGUUAAGAAUUUACAAGGUCGAGUUCAGACAUUAGAGGAUCAAUCUGCCAUGAAAUCAAUGCAAUCAAUAAUUUUCGUGAAUAAAUCAAAAGUUUAUGUUGAUGAUGAGCCAUCAUCAUCAAAUGAUGAGAUUAAUUCUGGGGAAAUCUGUGACCAAUUACAACUUCCGAAAAUUGAAGCAAGGAUUUCAGACAAAGAUGUUCUCAUUAAAAUCCAUUGUGACAAACAAAAAGGUUGCCUAAUGAAGAUAUUAUAUGUAAUGGAAAAGUUUCACUUGAAUGUCAUCAACAGCAAUUCGCUUCCUUUUGGAAAUUCCACCAUUGAUGUUACUAUUGUUGCCAAGAUGGAUGGUAAAUUCUCCAUGACAAUUAAGGAUCUCUUGAGAAACCUAAGACAAGCUCUACUUAAUUAAGAAUUUGUGACAGACAUCAGCUUUUUAAGUUUGUUUCUUUCUUUGAGACAUUAUCUAUUUCUCUAUGUCUCUUAUUAUAAUCUUAUGUUUGUCGCUAAAAGGUUUUCAUUUUUAGCAGCAGUGGUUUUUUUAGGGCAAAUGAUACCCUAUUUUUUUAGCACGGUUGACUCGUUGACCGUGUUUAAUUAAUUACCCUCAUGCUGAAUAUAUGGAACCUGAAGCCUUUUUUUAAGUGUUCUUUAAGGAUUUUGUACCAUUUUUUUAGAGGCUGUUGUUGUUGUACGUGUAUAAGUUGUCAAUAAGUUUCAUUUGAUUAUCUAAUUAAUUUCAUGUUUUAUUAA